GUACCCGUAAUCCGGAUGCUAUCGGUGGUGGUGGAGCUUGCGGCAGAGUGACACGGGUUAGUCGGGUACUAGCAAACACCGCCAACCAUCUACCAUCAGCAACUUCAACUCGCUUUUGGUGGGUACUUUGCACCGUUAGUUGUGUUACAGAUACGUGUACAAUAGAUAGACCUACCGUGAUGGUGCGUGCGUGUGUUUUGUGAAUGUCUGCUAGAGGAAGAAAUAAGAGAGGCUUACAGGGGAGGAGUAAAGCAAAAGAAGGUGAUCCAGAAGAAAUCAGCAAGGAGAACACAAAGGAAGAGUGGUUGAGUGGGUGAUGCUCCAGCAAACCCGCAAUCGCCAAAAGAAGAAGCAGUAAGAGAUAGAUAGGCUCCGGAGAAUGAGAAAUGAGCACAGAGCUACGACGAUUUGCCACCGCCGAUUCGCAUCGACAUCAGCUUCUUUGGGUCGCUUUUGCAUUGUUGCAGGCAACCACAACUGGCCGACUGGCCGAGGUACCUGUAGAGGUGCGUGUGUGUGUGUUAGUGUGUUAGGGUUUGCGCCUAAACCCCAAACAGUGUGAGGUGUUCCGAGGUUUGAGAAGCGACGCCGUACACCUCGCGCCCACUAUCGGGCCUCUGAUCAACUAUCAAACGUCAGCAGCAGCAGCAGCAGCAGUAGUAGCAGUAGUAGCUGCUGUAACCUCGGCUAAAGAAAACAGAGUGUAGUGUGUUGUAUCUCUUUCACCAAUGUGGUGCACGUGAGUGCGACAGGAGGGUGGUGGUGUUCGAGGGCGGGGGUUAUAUUAUAUAGGGUACAGUGCGCGGUGCAGUCUAGUGUUUCCUGCUUCCGGAUGUGGUAGACGUUGAUAAUAGAGAGGUUGUGGGCGCUAGCGCACCGGGCCACCGAUCAAUUUGUUUCCCGAGUCUGCUUCAAUGAAGAACAAGCAGCAGCAACAACCGGCACCAAAGAAGCAGAAGAAGCAGCAGCAGCAGCAACCGCAGCAGCAGCAGCAGCAGCAGCAUUUGCUGCGCCAAGAACAACCCGAGCAGCAGCAGCAAAGCCUGCGUACAUCACCUACUACUCCUCGCUACUAUCAGCAACAAUAUCAAGAACCGCACCAAAAGAGAAGCCUGGACGAUAUCAUGCUGAGCUCGUACUACAUCUAUAUGUCGGCCGGUACGCAGCUGCAGAUGGCACCACAAACAACAAUAGUACAACAAGUUGGCCAGGUCGACCAAUCUUCAUCACACCAUCACCAUACGUCGUCGCACCAUCUCCAGCAGCAGCAGCAGCAACAGCAGCAAUCGCAUCAUCACCAUCAGCCGCAUUUUAACAGUGGCAAUCAGCAACAGCAGCAACACCAUCAGCAGCAAGUGACAACGGUGCUGAGCACGCACCAGCAGCAACAGCAGACGUCUGCUGCCGCCACGGCAGCACUCGCUGCUGUCCUGUGCGGUGCUGGUAGUGGCAACGGUGGUGGCGGCGGCAGCGGUGGUGGCAGCGGCAACGGCAGCAGUGGCGGCAGCGGUGGAACCUCUGUUAACAGUGUGGGAGGAGGAGGUGGUGGUGGUGGUGGUGGAGCAGCAGCAGGCAGUGGGGGCAAUAAUAGCGGGGCAACGGGGAACAGUGCCGGCAGCAAAGGAGGGUCCCUGGUCGAUACGGCACAGCCGACAACGACCACCGCAACGGCGACCGCUGGAGUGGCGGUAGCGACGGCAACGCCACCCGGCACCACGCCCGCCCUGCAUCCACCCGUCCAGGUCGGUAACCUCCAGCAGCAGCAGCAUCAUCACGCCCAUCACGCGAACCAACACCAUAACAACAACAAGGAUCAGGACUCGAACAUGAGCACCGGUUCGUCGCACAGUGAUAAGGAGCCGGAAGCGAUCAUGAGCAGUCCGGCGGCCGGAGCAGCAGCACUGACGGUCGUCGCCACCACCACCACCACCACCCCGACCACGGAGAAGGUAGCGCGGGUGGCCUCGGAACGCAAACGGAAACGGAAGGCCCCGGACGAUAAUGGGGGACCGGGCGGUGGAGGUGGCACCGGUGGUGGUGGACCGGGAAGCGGUACGGGCGGGGGUCAUUUUCGUGAUAGUAGAGAUAAUAUUAAGGGUCUGCGGUUGACGCUGCCACACCACAGUGAUAAUAAGAAGAUAAAAGAUUUUUUUUCUAAACACCCCGGGCUACCGACGGUGGCCUCGCUCCGCGUGUCCAGUAGUAGUAGUAAUAGCCCGUUAGCCGGUGGUGUUACGUGCAUCACCUCGAUCAGCUCGGUCGGUACCGGUGGCGUUACCACCAAUGCGGUCGGCGGUUCACUAGGAGCAUUAUCCAAUUCCCCGCACGUGGAUCCGGGUGGCGGUGGGAACGUCGGGUCCACCACCGGCCCUACGCGGAAAAGUCCUAACCCGCAGCAGCAGCAGCAGCAGCAGCAACAGUCACCCCACACUGGUGGUCAAUAUCCCAUGUACCCUCCUAGUCCGCAAACGCCACUCUUGGGCGCCAGCAUCGGGGCCAAUGGUAACAGUGGCCACAACAACACCGGUACACCCCUGCAGCAGCAACCGCCGGACAUGUUUAGCAGUAGUCGGACGCAGCUGCAACAGCAGCAGCAGGUUGCGACCGGUGCGGUCGCUGCAACGGUAGUCUCAACCCCAUCGACACCGUCAGCCGGUGGGAUCAGUAGCAGCGGCAGCAGUAAUAACAACAACAACAAUUCUUCCGUACAACAACAAGUUCCUCCAUCUGUGUCGGCAGCCAUGGCGGCGGCUGCAGCGGUCGAGGCGGCCAAAGCGGCCGCCGCAACGUCUACCCCCUCAGCAACGACGGUACUGUCGCCGAUCAUUACCCCGCUCGUCAGUGCGACCGCCUCGACCGGUGUGACGGGGUCGGGUGUGUCGUUGCAGCAGCAGCAGCUACAGCAGUACCAGCCGAUCGUGCUGGUGGCGAACAACGCUAACAACACUUCGCUAAUGCACCAGAAACAGUCGCCAUCGGUGGUCGGGUCGACUACCGCCAGUCAGCAGAAGCAGCAGCAAGGCACCCAGCAGCAGCAGCAGCAGCAAUCGGCGUCGGUAGGGACGCAGCGUGAUUCCCAGAAGCAGACGACGGCAGCCCAGACGGGCAGUGCGUCAACGAACCAUCAGCUGCACAGCACCAACCCGACGGCAGGAACGGUGAUCAGUACCGGUAGCGGUAACAACUGCAACACUGCCCCCACCGACCAUCACCACCAGCAGCGAGUCACGCUUGUGUCGUGCAGUACCAGCAGCAAUAGCAGUAGUAACGGGGGUGGUGUGACCGGAGCAAUCGGUGCCACGGUCACGACGGGGUCAAACACCCCUAGCACUGACCAGACGAUCGGCAGCACCAACACGCCACUGAUCACGACCUCCGUUGCGACCUCGACGACCAGCAACAAUAACAACAGUGCCGGCGGUGUUACUGGCACCAGCGGUGGCCAGAACAACAGCAAUUCCAUACUCCAGCUGCCGGGUGGGGCCGUCGUCACCACCACCACCAACAAGUCAAUUGCGCAAAAGUUGCAGCAUCAGCAAUCGACCGUCGCGACAAACACGACACCGGGCGGUGGUGCGCAACAGCAGCAGAGUGAUAGCAGCAGCUCGAGCAAUAACAAUAACAGCAGUAACAACAACAACAACAACAACAACAAUGGUAGCAACUUUGGCAGCAAGUUCGGGCAGCAGCAACCAUCCACACCGACGACACCGACGGCAACCACCACCACCCUGAUGCUGACCAAGUUCGUGCAGACGGAUCUGACGCAGGCGGACAUUACCGAGCGGGACCACGACUUCGAGAGCAGUCGGACGCGGGUCGACGAACUGUCGCGGUUGUCGGACGAGCAAAAGUGUCAGCUGAACGUGCACCAGAAGGCGAUCGAGCAGCACAAGAGCCAGAUCAGCAAGUGUGUCGAGGUGGUGAAAAAGCUGCUGAAGCAGAAGAGCAACAUCGAGAAGAAGGAGGCGCGCCAGAAGUGCAUGCAGAACCGGCUACGGCUCGGACAGUUUGUGACGCAACGGGUUGGCGCCACGUUCCAGGAGAACUGGACCGACGGUUACGCCUUUCAGGAGCUGGCGAAACGCCAGGAAGAGAUCACUGCCGAACGGGAGGAAAUCGAUCGCCAGAAGAAGCUGCUAAUGAAGAAGCGGCCCACCAACAGUGAGGGUGGCCGAAAGCGGAACAAUUCCUCGGCGACCGGUGCCGGGUCGGCCGGUACUGGUGGUGCAGGUGAUAGGGGUGGCACCGGUCCGGGCAGUACCGGUGUCGGUACGGGUGCGGUCGUUGCGAUGGGCAGCGGGGGAGUGGUUGGUGGCAGUGCGGGCAAUGUCGGGGGCGGUGGAAGUGGGUCGGCGCUGCAUAAUGGCAACGACAGUACGUUCCUGAAGCCGGACCCGGUAGUCAGCAGCAACAGCACGUUCACGCUGCAGGAGUACUACGAGUGUGACGAGAUACUGAAGCUGCGCCAGAGUGCACUGAAGAAGGAGGACGCUGACCUGCAGCUCGAGAUGGAGAAGCUGGAGCGGGAGCGUAAUCUGCACAUCCGCGAGCUGAAGCGAAUACACAACGAGGAUCAGUCACGAUUCAACAAUCAUCCGGUGCUGAAUGAUCGGUACCUGUUGCUGAUGCUACUUGGCAAGGGUGGCUUCUCCGAGGUGCACAAAGCGUUCGACCUGAAGGAGCAGCGGUACGUGGCAUGCAAGGUGCACCAGCUAAACAAAGACUGGAAGGAGGACAAGAAGGCGAACUAUAUCAAACAUGCACUGCGGGAGUACAACAUCCACAAGGCACUGGACCAUCCGCGGGUGGUGAAGCUGUACGAUGUGUUCGAAAUCGAUGCCAACUCGUUCUGCACCGUGCUGGAGUACUGUGACGGGCACGAUCUGGACUUUUACCUGAAGCAGCACAAAACCAUCCCGGAGAAGGAGGCCCGCUCGAUCAUUAUGCAGGUCGUAUCGGCACUCAAGUAUCUGAACGAGAUCAAACCGCCGAUCAUACAUUACGAUCUGAAGCCGGGCAACAUUCUCCUGACCGAGGGCAAUGUGUGCGGUGAGAUCAAAAUUACCGACUUCGGUCUGUCGAAGGUGAUGGACGAAGAGAACUAUAAUCCCGACCAUGGUAUGGACCUUACGUCACAAGGUGCUGGAACUUAUUGGUAUCUGCCACCGGAGUGUUUCGUUGUCGGUAAGAAUCCACCGAAAAUCUCGUCCAAGGUGGACGUCUGGAGCGUUGGCGUCAUCUUUUACCAGUGUCUGUACGGGAAGAAACCGUUCGGCCACAACCAGUCCCAGGCGACGAUCCUGGAAGAGAACACAAUCCUCAAGGCGACCGAGGUGCAGUUCGCCAACAAACCGACCGUGUCGAAUGAGGCGAAGAGCUUCAUACGCGGGUGUCUCGCGUACCGAAAGGAAGACCGUAUGGAUGUGUUCGCACUGGCCAAGCACGAGUAUCUGCAGCCGCCGGUGUCGAAGCACAAUCGGUCGUCGAACGCGCAGAACCAGCACGCCGGUGGACAGAACAGCAGCAGCAGUGGUACCGGUGCCGGUGGUGGUGGUGGCGGUGGCGGCGGCGGCGGUGGAGGUUCGGGUGGGUCGGGCGGUGCCGGUGGUAAUCAGGUCGGGCAGCAGACGUCCUUUUCCACCGGCAUGUUCGGCAACAUGAACCAGUCCAGCUCGUCUUAGCUAUUUUUCAACCACAGUGGCAAACUGUUGCC